GUUUUUUUUUACUCCACAACACACAUUUGGUUGAUCCUUGUUCCCCUUCCUUUCUUCUUGGUCUACUUUGCUCAUUCUUCUUCCUGUCGUUGUUACCGUACAAUCACAUUCAUCGCCACAAAGAGCAUAAGCCAGAGUCAGACACGAUGGAGAUCCUCAAGAGCGAGUUUGAAGCUAGCCUGCCAAUACUGCAAAAGGCCAUUUCUGAAUGCGACUUCAUUGCGCUGGACACUGAAUUCACAGGACUAGCCUCGCCUACCAACAUCCCAAAGAUUCAGGACAGUUUAAACACCCGCUACUCCAAAGUGGCGAUAAGUGCUGCCGCUUUCCUUGUAGUCCAACUCGGGAUUUGUACAUUUACUUGGUCAGAUGAAAUAGGUGGAUAUGAGGCGAGGCCCUUCAAUUUCCCUUGUUUCCCCUCCAGUGAUGAUGAGGCGAAAGCGGGGGAGCGAUUCUUCAAGGUCCAGAGUACUAGUUUGGAGUUUCUUAUCAAAAAUGGGUUCGACUUUAAUAAGUGGAUCCGCGAUGGUAUUCCUUACAUGACUCGGACCGAGGAAGAGGCAUAUAUCAUUCGUAAAACUGAGAAAGAGUCAGCUAUUGCUGCUACAAAUAUGGCACAGAGCAAUAUCCUUAUAGAUGAUCGUAAUCGCGAUUUUAUGUUGAAUACUGCCUCUCAGAUUCAAAAUUGGCUCCAAAACUCGACAGAAAAGACCCUGACUAUCGCAGCACCCAACAGCUAUUUUCGCCGACUUGUCCAUCAAAUUAUCCGUACAGAUUUUAAUGACGGUCUUUACGCAGAAUCAGAUGCGCUGGCUCGCACAAUGAUUAUCCAGCGCAUGACAGAUGAACUUCGUCAACAGAAGGAGCAGGCUAAAAUCGCUAAACCGCCGACACUGAACCUUCGUCGCGUGCUGGAUAUGAUUUCAGAUGCUGGAAAGCCCGUAAUCGGGCAUAACUGUUUCUUAGAUUUGAUGCAGGUCACUCAGCAGUUCUUUUGGGAUUUACCCUAUGAGCUGGAGGACUGGAAAAGAGCCUUGAACCUAGAAUGGAGCACCAUUAUUGAUACAAAACAUCUUGCUGGACAUCCCUUAAUCAGCCCUUUCCUUGCAUCAACUGGGCUUGAACCUGUAUCAGAGUGCGUACAAAAAGCACCAUUUGCCGAAGUCGGGCCUAAAAUUGUCAUGGCUAGACAUUUUAAUCGAUACUUGGCAGAUGCAUCGGUAGCCCUUGAGAAUAAGGCAACAAAAGAAAAGAAUGAUACCAAAUACCAUGAGGCCGGGUAUGACGCCUAUAUUACUGGCCAAGCUUUCCUUCGCUUUGCUGGAUAUAUUCUCAAGGCUAAGGAGAGAACUGAAUUGGAGGAAGAGGAGGAGCACGCACGCAAGAAGAGGAAAUUAGUUAAUUCUGAUGAAGAGGAGGAGGAAGGGGAGAUCGAAGAGACGACUACUGAAAAGGAUGCGUGUCUUGAAAAGCAGAAACGUAUCCUAAUGGGAAACCCUACCAUCCAAAUUCUAGAGAACGAGGAACUGAAGAGCUUCUACAAUAUACUUCAUAUAAUGCGAUCUGAGGUCCCCACGUUGUAUCUGGCUGGUCCUGACCCAGAGCCCCAGGAAAAACCACAUCAUUUCCUAUUGAAAAACAUCCCUUCAACGUUCCAAACCUCUACAUUAUUUCAUCUUUUUGCUCCCUAUAACCCUCAGCGGUUUGUUUGGCUGGACUCUAACAACGCCUGGAUCCACCUCAGUCUCUAUGCACCAGCUCGUGAGGGAGAAGAGUCUAAUAGGGAACCCUACAUACCGACACCUGUGCCUCUUGGUCGACUUGGAGAAGAUUAUGUGAAUCCUUAUUGCGUUGGCAAUGAGGAUAUAGCAGUAAGAGGGCGUGCAUUGGGUGUUGUACCCGAGGCUGCACAUAUCGAGGUCGUUUCUUGGAAGGCAUGGUUUGACGAACGUGAGACGUUGGAGAGACAACAACGGCAGUCUGCUGGCACUGCACGUGACAGCAACGGUCGUGGACUUCAGAGAUUUGGCCGUGUAAGUGGUUCAUCAAUACCUCAAGACGUUACAAUAACAAGCAGUCCAGUUAUAGGCAGCAAACGUAAGCACGGUGCAAAUGAUGAAGAGGGAAGGUAAUCUAAAGCUAUAUUAUAAGGCUCCUAGGUUAAAUCCAUCUUCACUUUUUCGUGAGUUGUAUCAAUAAACUUUUAAGCCUGCGUCGUCCCAUACAUCGCGAGUUCCCUCCAGUCCUUAGUCAUGGGGUACGCCUUGCCUUGUGUUUACACUUUUGACACAGUGAGGAGAAAGCCUCGAAGUGAAAGCCUAAUGGAAAAAUCGUAAAUGACCUUUAAAACUCCUCUAUUCUAUCAUCUUCUCCUUGUGUUCUUAUUGCCUCAAAUGCUUUGGG